AUGUCGUUCGGUGAAAUGACAAUUACACUAGAUGAUGUUGCGUGUUUGUUGCAUAUUCCGAUUAGGGGUAACUUUUACACACUGUCAUCGUUCACAGAGGAAGAAGCUGCGACACUUGCAGCUGAUUUGUUGGGUGUCAAUGUUCAGUUUGCGGCCAGAGAGACAAGAAAGCAGCGAGGUAGAUAUUUUUCUCAACAAUGGCUAUUUGAUAACUAUAUAAGGCAGUGUUCUGUUAAGAAUUAUGAUUGUGCUGCUAGGUCGUAUUUGUUGUUGUUGGUAGGCUGUACAAUUUGCACUGACAAGAGUUAUACACGCGUAGAUGCAAAAUAUCUACUGAUGUUUAGGGUUUUGUCUACAUGUGGUAGAUUUGAUUGGGGUGCUAUUGCGUUGGUUGAAUUAUAUGAUAACUUGAAUGAUGUUUCUGUAUUUACCACAAAGGGGCUCGCUGCGUAUGUGUCACUUUUACAGUGUUGGAUUCACGAGUAUUUCCCUAGCCUUAGAAGGCAGGCUGAGUCUGGUCUUGACUGUGAUGUACCCGGUGCGAGUUUCCCUCGAGCUAGGAGGUGGAGGUAUAGGCAAGGGAAUGUGAAGCUUCUCGAAUAUCGACCAGUAAUGGAUGCAUUGACCCCUGAUGACAUGAUAUGGCGUCCGUUUCAAAAUCAUAGAGCUGCACUUCCUUUUGACCUGGUGGGUAUGUAUAGUGGUUAUCUGCGUGGGUGCACGGUAGUUCCUUACUUGCCUGAGAGAUGUAUCAAGCAGUUUGGCUACGUUCAAUAUAUACCACUACCACCACCUCCAGCUCCUGCCAUUGCUUUUGUUGAUAACGACUGGAUCGGUUAUGACAUCGUUGUUGAUCGGAUCGUUCAGCCGACACGUCCAGCGACAUAUGCUGCUGAGGCUGCAGCUGAUUACUUGUCGUGGUACUAUAUAGUAUCACAUCCUAGAGUAUGUCGCCAUGUUGAUGGACCGCAUGGAGCACAACUAGUUCCACAGUAUAUGCCAGCACAAGAUGAUCCGAUAGAAGCAGAUGCACCAGCUCCAGCAGAAGAUGACCUACAACACGAACGAAUAUGGAGAGGUACGAUUGGUUCCGCGUUGGAGAGAUUGGUCACGCGGUUAGAUCUCGAUAGAUGA